AUGGCCCAGUACGGCUACCCACAACAGCAACCUUACGGCAGCAGCGCGCAAAACCUACAGUUCUACCCCUCAACAUACUCUGCACAACCUGUCUCAGGACAUUCGACCCCCUUCCAAGCUUACAGUGGUGGCCCACAGGCGAAUGCGUAUGGAGGGGCCGGUUUUGGGCCUGCGCCGAGCUUCGGUGGGGGCUUUGGUGGGCAACCCGGCGUUAGUGGGCGGAUGGGAGAGCAGGGAGGACUGAGGACUGGGUGGUUGGCGGCGUUCGGGACAGAAGGAUAUGAUGGGGAACCGCCGUUACUGGAAGAGCUCGGAGUUAAUUUUGGUCAUAUCAAGACGAAAACUCUCACAGUCCUGAAUCCACUCGCACGAAUAGACCAGCAUAUCAUGGACGACUCUGACCUCGCUGGUCCAGUGCUCUUCUUUCUACUGUUCGGCACAUUCCUCCUGUUUUCCGGCAAGGUGCAUUUUGGCUAUAUCUACGGCCUCGCCCUGGUUGGCAGCGGCUCUCUCCACAUAAUCCUCUCCCUUAUGUCCCCACCGCUAGACCCGAACGACUCAAACCAACCUCACCCCUCCUCACAUCCUUCUCAUCCCGACCACCAUAGCUCAGGCGGUCACUUCUCCAGCACACUCACUAUCUGGCGGUCGACUAGUGUGCUGGGCUACUGCCUCCUUCCUCUAGUGCUCGUGUCGUUAAUAGGCAUCUUCCUGCCCAUGGAUAAUCUGUGGGGGUACUUGCUCACAAGCACGGCGAUCGCGUGGUGCACGUACUCUUCGAGCGCAAUGUUUUGCGCAGUGGGGAGGAUGAGCAGCAUGAGAGGGCUGGUGGCGUACCCUCUCGCUCUGUUCUAUGUGGGAUUUGGCAUUAUGGGUAUCUUUAGCUCGAGAGGGACCGGCAACUUGGCCGCGAAGACGGUGGGAGGCUGA